AUGGCAAAUAGACAAUAUUUUUCACCAGCUUCAGCACCUUUAGUAGCUCUCAACCUUGGAAAUGGAUCAAGCAAGAAACCUAUAUUAGGUGGAAUUUUGAUUGCCAUUAUACUAGUAUUUGUUGCAGGCUGGUUAUAUUUUUGUUUCAAAAGGAAGUUGUAUCCCAAUCUCAGGCUAUACAGGAAGCAGAAAGGUCACUCUAGUCCUUGUGAGCAAGCAGGGAAACAAGACGCAAAGAAGAUGAAGUUGAGGCGAUUUCGUUUGGAAGAACUGCAGAAGGCUACAGAGAAUUUCAGCCAAGAAUUCUUGAUUGGUCGUGGAUCGUUUGCUAACGUCUAUCGCGGUACAUUUCCUGUGGAGGGAACUCUAGCAAUCAAGAAGCCUCAUUCUGAAGCAUACACAAGCAUUGAAGAUUUCAGAAAUGAAGUGAGAUUGCUGUCAAAAGUGAAGCAUGAAAAUCUGGUUGCAUUGGUGGGAUUCUGUGAAGAAUCAGGGCCAAAGGAAGCAAAAAUCUUGGUCUAUGAAUAUGUGACUAAUGGCUCAUUACUAGACUACAUCAUUGGUAAUUAA